AUGACACCAAACAAGACUGAUGCAUAUGCUGAAAAUAUGUUUCUCUGCUAUCCAUUUCAGCCAGACUCCUGUCCCAGAAUACAUCGCCUCACUGCAGUUAAAGUGGCUAUGUAUGUUUUAAUGCUGCUCAUUAUUUUUCUUACAGUUUUUGGGAACAUGCUGGUUAUCAUCUCCAUCUCUCACUUCAAACAACUGCAGUCUCCAACUCAUCUGAUUGUUCAGUCUCUGGCUGCCUGUGACUGUCUGCUGGGCACUUUGGUCAUGCCCUACAGCAUGGUGCGAUCUGUUGAAGGGUGCUGGUAUUUUGGAGAUGUCAUUUGUAAAGUACAUUCUAGCUUAGAUAUGUCUUUAUGUAUCUCUUCUAAAAUACAUCUUAGUAUAAUAUCUAUGGACAGGUACUGGGCCAUCUGUGACCCUUUAAUGUACAAAACAAGGGUCACAAACAACAGUGUGACUGUAUUUAUUACCUCGGCAUGGCUGUUUUCCUUUGUGUAUAGUUUUUCUAUUGUGUUUUCAGGGAUAAAUUCGGUAGGUCUAGAGGUUCUUAUGUUACAGAUUUCCUGUUUGGGGAGUUGUGUUCUGAUAUUUAACAGACAGUGGGCACUUAUAUGUUCAGGUCUUACAUUUUUCCUGCCUGGCGCUAUCAUGAGUUCUCUGUAUAUAAAGAUCUUCCAUGUAGCAAGGAAACAUGCAAAAGUUAUAGCCAAACAUCUGCACAGAGAGAGAAAAGCAGCCAAAACAGUGGCCAUUGUUGUAGGUGCUUUUUUGCUUUGCUGGCUGCCUUUUUUUAUUGCCACUGCUCUUGACCCUUUUCUUAAUUUUUUGACUCCAGUUGAUGUUUUUGAUGCUUUGGUGUGGUUUGGAUAUUUUAACUCUACCUGUAAUCCUUUGAUCUAUGGUUUUUUCUAUCCUCGCUUUCAGAAGGCAUUUAAAAUUCUUAUAUCCACUUAUAUCUGUGACUUCAGUGGUUCAAGCACCUUGACAUUUGAAUGA